AUGGAAUCCCCUUCCACGUCCUCUACAAAAUGCAAGUGCCUCCCCCCAGACUUUACGCCGCUCGGGAAAGGCUGCAAACAACCCGACGAGUGCCUAGGCCCAGGGGGCGCUGGUAUCGGCGACUACUGUGAAAGUUGUUUUCACACUGCGAGGGAUUCGGCUGUGGAGAGGGAGGGUUCUGCCACGAAUGCGAGAGCGACCGGGCUCUUUAUGAUCGCCGAAAGGGCAAAGGACAGGUCUCCCGUGACCAGCGCCAGUUCCAACCCCGCGUCUGCAUCAACCUCCAGGCACACCGAGCGGGGGGAUCGACUACACAGUAACCCCGUCGCUUCCUACCGGCAACGCCCCCUCGCCCCCCACGAGCAGCCGAGCCAACCCCACAGCGACCCCAUCACUUUCUACCGGCACUCCGCGCCCCCGUCCAGCGACCAUGCCGGACAGGCAGACGAACCACACGGUGGCCCCAGCACCUCCCACCACCAACCCGCGCACCUCCCAACCACCAACCACACCUCGCCGGCGGCUCAGCUCUCCGGCGCGCCCACCACCGCCUACCAGCAACCCCCUGCCGUGCCCCCAACCACCGAUGACGCCGCCCCCCAAAAGCAACAACUCCCCUAUCCAGAACUCCAACCAAAACCACAACCGGACACCCCCCUCCCACCUCUAACGGCCCGGGAAGAGCCACCCCAAACGACAUACGACAACACCACCAACAACACCACCAACAACGACACCACCAACGACAACAGCCCCCCCAGCCUCUUCUUCCCAGCCCCCAGCGACGGUGUGGGUGUAGGUGUCGACAGCGUGCUUAGCGACCACCACCCGUGUGUCUGCCAGGGGACAUGGACGUGCCGGGCGGGGGGCCUGUGCGAGGAGACGAUUAUGUUUGUGGAGGGGGACUUGUGUAGCUUGUGUGAGAUCUUUGAGUGUGGGCGGUGGGACGAGCCGGGGAUGUGA